CGAAGCGAUACGUGACGAAGCGAAUGAGUGGAUCGGAUGCGUUAAGGAAGGAAUGCGAAAGCAACUAAAUGAACGAACAACAGCUGGGCUGAAAGAAGAGUUGUGUGUAUCAUGUGUGUCCAUGAGUGCCGACCAUCUCUGCGAGACCGACUUGGAGAGACAGGGGGGUCUUUUUCGGCAGACCAGACGGACAGACAGACAGACAGACACACACCCACCGUAGACAUAGGACAUUCGCUGCCAUGGGAGGGAGGAGGGAGGAGGGGGGAUGCUUUCUUGCUCGUCCGGGACGGCCCGUGUUUUCAAGGGCUGUCACGCAACAAGGGCCUGCCGGUCUCUAUCUAUCUAUUGUCGUGUGUGUACGCUAGCUAUGUGGCCGGCAGUGUCCAUCUGUUUGUCUGUCUGUCUUCAUCUGUUGAUGGUUUGCGUAGUGUGGCAGGCAGCAUACCAUGCACAGACGCAUAGACAGAUCAGAUCGGUCGCACACCCCUCGCCCACCCCCUCUCUCUCCCUCCCUGUCUGUCUCCUUUGCCCUUUUCUCUCUCCCCCUGUGUGUCGGUCUGUCUGUCAGUCAGGGAAGUCAGUCACUGCAGGCACCAGUGGUUAAUUGUAUGUGUGUGUUGUGUAUCGGUAUUGCUUUGCCGUCUGUUUGUGUGCAUGUGAGUGCGGGGCUGGACGGACCUCAGCUGGCUUCCCUUCCUGUUCGUUCGUUCGCUCGUUCAACCGACGGAAUUCAACUCUCACGUGAGCACACGGCACAACAGCUACUCUCAGUUGCAUUUGUUGAUUGAUCGGUUGACGCAUCCGCGGACCCGGGCAGGUCACACACACAGCACAGAGAUGAACCCCAUGGGCACCAACACAUACAUGUCAGAUGCCGUCUGUGAUGCCAAGCCGCUUCUGGAUGUCACGCGCCUCCUACAAACACAAACACAAACACACACACACACACAUCAACAAAGUGCCCUUUCUGCCAUGCCCACUCCCCCUCCCUCCCUCCCUCCCUCCCCCCCCUCACAUACGUCGUAAGCCUGCAGUCGCUUGAGCAGCUUGACCGCCCGGCGUGGCAUGUCCAGCCCCCCCUCCCUGCUGGGCUGGGCGUGCUUGACGGCCAUGGUGGCGCACAUCUGGACGCAGCUGCCGAGACCCUCGGGCCGCCCGGCGACCAUCCAACCCAAUGGCAGGUCCAUCACAUACUGACGGACGAGUGGCAUUAUGGAUGAGAUGAAUUACAAGAGAGCGAGACGGAGGGAGAGAGAGAGAGAGAGAAGAGAGAGAGAGAGAGAUCUCGAUCUCGUGCGUGUGUGUGUGUGUGGUUCGGCGUCAUGUCUCACUCACUCUUACCCGUUCCAGGGGGUCGAUAUCGUCAGGGCGCGAUGCGGAGAGACACCUGGCCAGCCGCUGCUGCCAAACCUCCUGCAUGCGCCGCGCCACACACACAUAAAGGCAGCACACGAUCGGCACAGCACAACACAGCACAGCACACGAGUGGCAAAUGAGAUGAGCACACACCACAUCUUCCUUCCGGCCGCCCACCUCACUCACCUUGACAACGAACUGCUGAAUAGCGUUUGUGCUGAGAACGUCCUGCCACUCCGCCGCACAGCGCGACACCUUGAGGGCUCGCCACACCUGACGCACCACCAGGGGGGACAGCGGGCCUUCCGGGAGGCUGCUCGGGCUCGUCUGGGGGAAGGCCAGGAGGUCGUCGAUGCAGGCCGUCAUGCGCUUCACUGCUGCUUCUAACACCUCCUGUGUGGAAGGGUCGACAAAGAUGCAGGCCUGCAGCCUGUGUGCCUUGUGCCUUGUGUGUGGAGGGGGGUACGUUGAUCGGUUUGGUGGAGGCUUCGUCGUCGGCUCUGAAGAGCAGCAGCUCGUUGAGCAGCUCCACACACCUGCACAACGAACGGAUAAAGACGGCCCGAUGAAUGAAUGAAUGAAUGCAUGUGUGUCUCUGUCUGUCUGUCCGUCUGUCUGCCCAUUCAUUCAUUCAUUCAUGUGUUCACCCACCUCUUCGUCUGUGUGAGGGAGGUGGGAUCCCAAUAGGCCUCCAGCCACGCCUUAAUCCGGGGAAACACCGCCUGCAGUGGGCCAAACACACACACACACACACACGCGGAACAAGACAAGACGCCAUGCACAGCCAGCACUUCGUGUGAAGCCUCUAGAGCUCCCAGCUCCCACCCUCUCCUCUCCACCCCUCACUGACUCACCUUAAAGACCAGCUGUGGCACUAGGUCUCCGUCGGGGUCCUCCUUGCCGUCGGCCUGUGUGUCGAUGUCGGUGUAGGUCACCAUCAGCUCAUACCACUCGAACUCCUCCAGCGUCGCGCUGCCGAUCAGACGACGGCCGCCGUACCACACCGCACUCUCAGCGUCGGCGGCCGAACCUGACAGACACACGGCCACAUCCAUUGACACACGCAGAGGUACUGAGGAGGGGGGAGAAGGGAGAAGGGUGUGGUGUGGGUGGCUAGGUCACCUACCUGUGGCGAAGGGGUCCCACCAGAGUAACUGGAGUGUGACGAAGGGCUGCAGCACCUCCAGCAGGCUCAUCCCGCAGUAGCUGGCCCGAUAACGGUCGUUGUGCCUGUGUAGCCAUGGACAGUGUCGGGAUUGUGUGCUGUGAAUGAGUGUGUGUGGUUGACUGAUUACUUGGUUUUGAACUCCUUGAACCGCUCGAGUAUGUGGUGGACGGACCUGAAGUCCUCUGACGCAUCACGGAAGAUCGCCUGAGCCGCCUCGCAGAACUUCUCUGCAACAGUGUGGUGUGGACAGACACACCUUUGAUGUCGCACACAAGUGUCAGGGCUUGCUCAUGUACUUCUGUCAGCGACGAGCUGCUCCUUCCCAUCGUCCUGGUCAUCGUCAGACGUCACCCACCUGCACACAGACACGCCACGCACCACAGCCACAGAGACAGACACACAGACACAGACAAACAGAUGCCUCCCUGCCCUGCCUGCAUCCGACCUCCUGUGUGCGCACCCCACCCUGCCACGCCAUGCCCACUCACCCGUCCUCGAGUAUGUCUGAUUGCUUCUGCCCGCCGAGCGAUUUGGCCAUGAUGCGCUGCCUCUGUUGGUUUCGCCGCUUCUGCCGCCUGUCGAUGCGCUGCAGCCGCGCCUGGUUGUGGUGGAACGCACGACUCCGGCCGAACUCAUCCUUCUCGUCUGCACACACCACACCACACCACACCACACACAUAUGCAGUUAGUAUCCACUCGUAUGUCUGUAUGUGUGUUGAAGGGUGUGAGGUGACGCACCCUUGUUCUCCUGUUGGAACUUUGGGUGUCGCUCGCCCGCCUGGAAGAGCUCGUCGUCCAGCUCCUGCACACGACGAUUCCACCUGACGGAGAGGGAGGAGAGAGGGCGGGCGGGCCGCGGAGGGAGGCACUGGUUGUCUUUUUCUUGUGGGCCUUCCUUCCUUGUUUGUUGCUGCCGUGGGUACCGUACCUUCUCUUGGCGAAGUCGGCUUCCAUCAGCUCGAGGGUUUGGAGGGCCACAUUGACAGGCUCACUCUUGACGGCUGAUCGGUGAGUGGAUGGAUGGAUGGACGGAUGGAUCCACCACACACACACACACACACACACAUAUACCACCACACAGAGACACAGAGAGAGGCAGCCGGUGUUUGUGUGAUGUGACGGAGAAUCCAUUGUGGCCCCAUCCCCAUCCCACUGACUGACUGACUCACCGAGCAGUCCGCUGAGGUCCUCUAUGUACUCCUCAAACCGCUGGAAGAAGUCGAGAUCCUUGUCAAGCUCUGAUACCCACCCACCCACCCACACACACACACACACAGAGGGCAUGCGCGAAACACCACGCCAUGCCUUCCUCCCCGCACGCGCCUACUCUGAAGUUUCUUCUCAAGUGUGUCGAUCAUCUCGGCCGUGUCAGCCCUCUCCUUGGUCAUCCCCUCAUUACGAGACCGCCGCUUGGCCGCAUCGCUACGCAGCACAUGCGUCCGCAUCUGCAGCCCCUGCAGCGCGGCAUCGGGCGACGGAAUGGUCACCAUGGCCGUCGGGACGGACGACGGCAGAGGCAGAGCACCAUACACGACGGGCGGCGGCGCGGAGACGGGCAUCUCCUCGAAGGACGGCUGCUGCUGGUGGUGGUAGUGGUAUUGUGGUUGGGUGAGCGCCUCUCCAGCAGUCCUGCCUCUAGCCUUUCGGAUCUGUUGCAGCUCCCACUGGCUGACCCCCUGCUCCAGCGCCAUGGCCCCGCCCUCGAGGAGGUCCUCGUCCUCGUCCAUCGACUGCGGCAGACGGCCGUUCUGACGGACAGGGUGGUCCUGCUGGACGGAUGCGGAUGCGGAGGCUGAGGGAGCCGCCUGGCCGAGCUGCCGCUGCACCUUGCUCGAGAGCUUCUUCAGACGAUCAGAUGAACCUGAAACAGACCGCUUUUUUCUCCUUGCAUCAUCCUUGUUGUGGUUUGCUGGGUGCGUACCUAUAUCGUCAAUGGGUGUGGUUGCGGAGAGCGGGACGGCGCUCGAGUCGAGCGAGAUGAACUCCUCGGCUGACGACGCCGCCUGGCGCAGCUUCUCACGCUUGGCUCGCGCCAGACGGGCCAGCUCCUCGGCAGACGCUCCCUGCAACAUGACAUGACACACACAGGCCACAUGGCAUAUGCACACGACAGACACGCCUGCUCGUCCUCACUCACCAGCUCGUCGUCUUCUGCGUCGUUGUCAUCAUCCAGUGUGUAGAUCUUGGACGCCGUCGUCAGGCGUAUCUCAUCGCCCCCCUGACCUCCAUGCAUGUCUUCCUCCUCCUCCUCCCCUUCCAGACUGGCCGCCCGCAGCCGCUCCAGCAUGUCCUCGUCCAUCCCCUCAUCAACACCCCUGCCCUUGCCGGCCGUCGAAAAGAUGUUAGACGCCGGCCUGUUCUGACGACGGAUCGAUCCCGGCCCAUAUCGGCCGCCCCCGCCGCCACCCAUCUCUCUCUCAUCGUCGCCUUGCGCGUCAGUGCUGUGGGUGGUGCGGAGGGUGACGGUCACCCCGUCAGAGGUGACGGACGGCGGGCCUCUGGGUGGUUUGUCUGCUGGGGCGGGUGGCGGUGGGGGGGAGGGGGAGGGGGAGGGGAGAUCGCCGCCUGCCGCCGCUGUCGGGCUGGGUGCGUCCUCAUCGAUGGGCUUGCGUCUGCUGCUGAGGGCUUUGCUGGCCUUGCUCUUGCGCACCUUGAAGGCGAUCUCUUCAUCGGCCUGACGGACAGACACAGAGGGAGGGACAAGAUGCAUGUGAUGUGAUGGCAUCACAUCACUCAUGUGUGCCGUGUUGAUUUGAUGCGCCGUGCGUGUGUGCGUACCUCCUCGGCCACACACACACUGGGCUUCGGUGCAGCCUUGGUGGCGACAUUCCCAGGUCCAUCGGCGGCAACAGCAGCAGCUUGCGCGCUGCUAGCAUCGGGCUGCGCUUGCUGCACAUCUUGCUCGUCUUCUUCUUCAUCUGAUGCCCUCAGCUUCUUGGCAUCGGGCUUCUUGAAGCCGCGACGGGCAAACAACGACGACAUGGCAUGGACAGAUCAAUUGGACCGGGAUCUUUGACGUCAGCCAACAGAUCUGCUCCUGGCGCUAUUGCACCUCUGCUGAUCUUUCCGGCUC